GUUCCCCCCAAAGUCCAAAACUAAAUCAUUAUUCAUUCAUCCAUGAUCCAUCACUUCUCCAUUUUGGCUGCGCCAUUUGUACUCGCCGACAUUUCCCAGGACCUUCUAACUAACCAACCGACCCGCUAAAUCCCAAAUUCCCAAUUGAACUCCCCAGAAAACUCAAAUCCCUAAUUUAAUUUUCGAUGCAUUCAAACCUAAUCCCAAUUCAAAUGUGAGAAAAGCCAAAAUGGCAUCAGAAAUCGAAGUUGUUUCAGAUUCAAUCCCAUCGAAUCACAACUAUCAACAGCAGCAACAACACCCAGUGAUUGUUAUCAGUGAUGUUUUUACAGCUUCAGUUCAUGGCGACUUGCUUAAACUCCGCAAAUUCGUCGAAGAAGACGGCGCUUCUCUCUCCCUUCCCGACGCUAAUGGUUACUACGCUUUGCAAUGGGCUUCUCUCAAUAAUUUUCCCCAUAUUGUUCAGUAUAUUAUUGAGCAUGGCGGCGAUGUAAAUGCCACCGACCUCAGCCAGCAAACUGCUUUGCAUUGGGCUGCCGUUAGAGGUUCUACUGUGGUUGCGGACCUGUUGUUGCAGAAUGGAGCACGCGUUGAAGCUUCAGAUGCUAAUGGGUAUAGGGCAGUUCAUGUUGCUGCUCAAUAUGGACAAACAGCCUUCUUGAACCACAUGAUUGCGAAAUACAAUGCAGACUUUGAUGCACCAGAUAAUGAUGGAAGGAGCCCACUGCAUUGGGCUGGUUAUAAGGGAUUUGCGGAUACAAUCAGAUUACUUUUAUUUAGAGAUGCCAACCAAGGGAGGCAAGAUAAAGAAGGUUGCACCCCUUUGCAUUGGGCUGUUUUAAGAGGACACGUUGAGGCAUGCAGUAUACUUGUGCAUGCUGGCACAAAAGAAGAAUUAAUGGUGAAAGAUAGAGCUGGAUUUACCCCAGUUCAGCUGGCAUUAGAUAAAGGGCAUCGGCAUGUCGCCCUUUUGCUUUCUAAUAUUCAGAAGGCUCAUAGCAAGCGUCUAAAAGGUACAUCUUGUGCUGGAAAGAUAAAUGGAGUUGGCUAUGCCCCGUUCUUGUUUUGCACCAUCUUCUGUCUGACAAUCCUUUUCAUAAACUCAGUUCUCUUAGAUCCAAGUCUUGCCAAAGUGACUGCUGCUGUUGCACUUUGGGGAUGGACUGCAGUAUCUCUAUGUAUUGGCGCAUUGAUAAUGUUUUAUCGUUGUAGCAGUAAAGAUCCAGGUUACAUCAAAAGAUCUGAUGAUUCUGGUGAUCUUAGGAAAGUACAGGAUCCUUUAUUGAAUCUUGAUAUGAACGAUUCUUCUGUUUGGACAGGGAACUGGUCUCAGCUUUGUCCAACAUGCAAGAUAAUUAGACCACUCCGCUCAAAGCACUGCCCUACAUGUAAACACUGUAUUGAACAAUUUGAUCACCAUUGCCCUUGGAUUUCGAAUUGUGUGGGAAAGAGGAACAAAUGGGAUUUCUUUGUUUUUCUGUGUCUUGGAACGGCAACAUCGUCUAUUAGUGGAGUAAUAGCUGUUCUAAGAAUUUGGACUGCUUUACCAGCAAUUCCAACUAGUGAAACAUGGAUGCAUUAUGUGAUAGCUCAUCAUCCUGGCGUCAUUGUCUUUUCAGUGAUGAAUUUUCUAAUAUUCGUAUCUGCGACAACUCUGGGAGUCGCACAAGCAAGCCAGAUAGCUCGGAAUAUCACCACAAACGAAUUGGCAAAUGCCUCGCGCUAUUCGUAUCUUCGUGGUCCGAAUGACAAGUUCCGUAAUCCCUACAAUCAUGGAUGCAGAAAGAACUGUGGUGAUUUUCUUAGUCAAGGCUACACCGAUGAUAAUGAGAUUGCAUGGCUUCCAUUGCAAGCAAUUUCUCGGUAAAACAACUCGCCGGUGAGUGUCAUAGGGAAAUCAAUUGGUGAUUCACCAAGCACUAUACCAUUCCUGCAUAAGAUACUUGUUUGCGCUAACCAAGAUAUCGCUGCAUAUUCAUCUCCUGCAACUUUCUCAUGAUUCAUUCAAUUGCUUCUUUUUUUUUCCCUACAGUUGAUCCAUUGUACAGUUUAGUUUACAAUCAUGUCAUCCAAGAGGUAGCAUGAAAUUUGAUUCCUAUCAAAAAAAAAAAGGUAGCAUGAAAUUUGAUUCUACAA